AUGAAGAUAAAUCAAUCACAUUUUACAAACCGAAAAAAAAGUCUUAAAUCAUCGCCUGUAUGGGAAUCUUUUAAUAUUGUUGUUAUUAAUAAUGUUAGACAAAAAAUGGUGUGUUGCGAAAAAUGCAAACAAUUGUUGGCAUAUAGAUCCAGAGAUGGCACAGCAUCUUUAGCUAAACAUAAACGUUCCUGGCAAGCGACUGAUCAUGCUUCUGAUACUGAUAAUACUUCAGCCAAAGAUUUAGUUAAACAAACACAAGUUACUGAAUAUUAUUCUUCAAAAAAAUCACACAGUGUACCAAAAAUAAUUCGGGAAAAAGUGAAAAUUGCCUGCACAGAGUUUACUGCUUUAGAUUCACGUGCAUUUGAAACGGUAGCUGGUGAUGGAUUUCUAAAAAUGAUUCAAUCUAUUUUUGAUGCUGGUCGAUAUUUUAGUCCUACAUCAAACGUUAGUGUAAAAGACAUCAUUCCAUCGCCUAUCACGAUUAAUCGACAUAUUGAUCAAACAUGCGAUUUUUGGACCGAGCGGUACUCAGGACUUUCCUAUUGUGGCUUGGCACUAAGAUUCGUUACAAAAGAUUUUACACUACAUAACUUUAUUCUUGGUUGUAUAUUUUACGACGCUGACUCACAGUCGGCUAAUAACAUUCGUAUGUUUGUUGAUGCUCAAUUGUUAUCAUUUGGACUAACUUUAAAUAAUAAAAUUUUCGCCGUAACAGAUAAUGAAAAUAAAAUGCGUGCAGCAUUCAAGGAAAAAUGCACACGUAUAGGCCGCUCAAUUCGUUAUCUCAACAAACAGUUGGAACAUUCGUUUACAUCAGAAGAAAUCGAAAGAACAUUUGUUAGAUGUAGUAAAAUUCAAAACUUAUUCGACAAUGUGAAAAAAGUUGGAACACAUGUACGUAGAAGACAUCGACAAGUGAAGCUUAAACAAAAAUUACAAUUGUAUUUAGACACUAGUUUUAAUGGCACAUUUUAUAUGAUGAACGUAUUUCUUAAUGUUUACGAUGAUAUUGGUAGUGUUUUAAAUAGUGGAUAUAUUGAUUAUUUAACUAGUGUUGAUAAGGACUUAUUGAAAGAAGUGUGUCGAUUUUUAAUUGUUUUUGAUAAUGCUAUUGAUCAAUUAAGUGCAGAAGAAAGGCCAACUAUGCACCAAGCUCUUCCGAUUCGUCAAUUAUUAAUUGAUCAUUGCGAAGUUAAAUUCGAAGAUAGUUCUGAACUAAAAGAACUAAAGCUUUUUCUUUGUGAACGUAUAAAAUCUGUUUGGAUUCUACAAGAUCAGCAUUACAUUUUUACUUUUCUUCAUCCUCGUCUAAAACGCUUUGAUGCAGCACCAUAUGAAAAAGAUAUAGCGUUUGAUUUAGUUAAAUGA